CGUAAGUCGGAAACGCAACCCAUAAACAACGGCGGCCGGGCCGAUGGGUUUCUCACGCUCUCUCUCCCCCCUCUCUCUCCCCAGGAUAUGUCCUUUUCCCCCUUUCGUCUUCGACCCCGGCUUUUCUGGGCACGGGGAGGAGGAGGCUUCGGAUGUGGCGUGCUUUGGUUGGCUACUGUAUUCGUUCUAGUCCAGGGGCCCACGCACGCUAUGUGCCUCUCGACGAUUGUAGUAGCGGAGCCGAAUAUCGGCAGUGGCGCUCAAUCGGACAUCACGAUACUAGUUCCACGUGUUGGUCCAGCAUGCAGGAAAGACUGCCUUUUAUUUCUAGCGCUUCGAUUGCAAAACACGCAAUUCAGUGUAUUGCACAUAUUCAUGUCAGGUCUUUUCCAUAACACGCUGCUAGACUAUUGUCGAGCGCUAUGGAAAUUUCUCAAAGGGAAGGCCAAUAUCGUGACAUGCGCGAAAUCCGACAAAGAAUAUGGCUCCGAUUACGAUCCUGCUUGGUGGAAGUACGGGAACAAUCUUCAAGACUAAACAAAGCAUUGGGUGAACAAUCUGCGACACUACUCCAGCCCAACACAGCCCACGAUACUGUGGAGGUUCACCCUGGCUUGACACAGCGGCACGAUCUCUUCUCACCAUGGCAAGACGGGAAAAGCAAAUAAAUGCAACGACUCCUUGCUUCGACACAUCGCUUGAAGCAUUGGAAAGACACUGAUAUCUCUAGACUGAGACUACAAGCGCAAAAUCGCGUAAUGCUGGGCGUGCCGAUUCUCAAAGUUGCUUCUUUGGCAGAACUAAGCUUGUAUGCAGGAGAGCGAGUACAGUUCCUGAUAUUCUUGGUCCCACAGUCGUACAUGAUUGACACAGUGUAUGCAAAUUCGCAUCAAAUUGGACCAGGCCUAAUGCUCAUACUAAGUUCAAGUCUUCUGAUUUCUGGCUCGCGCCAAGUAUAGCGUCCUCAAAGGCUCGUGCAUCGUCUCAAGGAUUCUUCAAUAUUCAUCCGUCG